AUGGUGCCCACUCGUACCAACGUGGCCACUGAAAUCCCCAGUAGCAAAGUGAAAGUGUCAAUGCUUCCCAGCACUGGCGGUGGACACAUCAACCGUCAGAAGAAAACUAAAAGCCCUAAGAUUCCUUAUAAGGCCAUUGCCUGCGCCACCGUGCAGUUUUCGAUUGGUGCCUUUCUCAUUCUCUUGGGUUGCUUCCUGCUCGCGGGUUACAUCAGCAAAAUCGGCUCCAGCCGGGCCGUCGCCGUUCUGAUUGUUGGCCUGCUGGUGUUUCUGCCGGUGUUUUACCACCUGCUGAUUGCCUGCAGAGCACAGCGAGGCUGCCAGGGCUACUCCUACCAAGACCUUACUGACUGUGAUGACUAG